AUGAGCACAGCUGAGGUUGCUGACCAAGUUAAAAACUCAUCUGCCAAAGAUAAGAGUCAAAAGAAGUCUAAACAACCACAACAACAAUUGUAUUUAGAUCCAGAACCUGCCUUUAUUGGAGAAAGAAUCCAAUUUUUCGAAAAAUUACAAAAGGAAUAUGAAGAAAAAAUUGCUUCUAUGCCACGCAAUCCAUUGAAGAUUGUCUUAAAAGAUGGUUCUAUUAGAGAAGCUACUGCUUGGGAAACUACUCCAAUGGAUAUUGCUAAGGAUAUUUCUAAGUCUUUAGCUGAUAGAUUAUGUAUUGCCAAGGUUGAUGGCCAAUUGUGGGAUUUAGAAAGACCAUUUGAAGGUGAACCAAAUCAAGAGAUUAAAUUGCAACUUUUAGAUUUCGAAUCUGAAGAAGGUAAGAAAGUCUUCUGGCACUCUUCUGCUCACGUUUUAGGUGAAGCUUGUGAAUGUAACUUAGGUGCUCACAUCUGUUUGGGUCCACCAACUGACGAAGGUUUCUUUUAUGAAUUCGCCGUCAGAGACUCUUUGAAACCUUUAGAAGAAGGUGAAGAAGAAAAGACUGUUUCUCAAUCCGACUUUCCAGCUUUGGAAUCUGUUGCUAAAAAUGUUAUCAAACAAAAACAAAAAUUCGAAAGAUUAGUCAUGUCAAAGGAAGAUCUGUUGAAAAUGUUUUCAUAUUCUAAAUAUAAGACUUAUUUAAUUCAAACUAAGGUUCCUGAUGGUGGAGCCACCACAGUUUACAGAUGUGGUAAAUUGAUUGAUCUUUGUGUCGGUCCACAUAUCCCACACACUGGUAGAAUUAAAGCCUUCAAAUUAUUGAAGAAUUCUUCCUGUUAUUUCCUUGGUGACUCUAACAAUGAUUCCUUACAAAGAGUCUAUGGUGUCUCAUUCCCAGAUAAGAAAUUGAUGGAUGCCCAUUUGAAAUUCUUAGCUGAGGCUCAAGCUAGAGACCACAGAAAAGUUGGUAGAGAACAGGAAUUGUUUCUAUUCAAUGAAUUGUCUCCAGGUUCUGCAUUUUGGUUACCACACGGUACAAGAAUUUAUAACACUCUUGUUGACCUUUUAAGAUCUGAAUACCGUAAAAGAGGUUAUGAUGAAGUUAUCACUCCAAAUAUGUUUAAUUCUAAAUUAUGGGAAACUUCUGGUCACUGGGCUAAUUACAAGGAAAACAUGUUUUCCUUUGAAGUUGAGAAGGAAACUUACGGAUUGAAACCAAUGAAUUGUCCAGGUCAUUGUUUGAUGUUCAAAUCUAGAGAACGUUCUUAUAGAGAAUUACCAUGGAGAGUCGCUGAUUUCGGUGUUUUGCAUAGAAACGAAUUCUCUGGUGCUUUAUCUGGUUUGACUCGUGUUAGAAGAUUCCAACAGGAUGAUGCUCAUAUUUUCUGUACUUAUGAUCAAAUUGAAACAGAAAUUGAAAAUAUCUUCGAAUUUUUGAAAUAUGUUUAUGGAGUCUUUGGUUUUGAAUUUAAAAUGGAAUUGUCUACCAGACCAGAAAAAUUUGUUGGUGAAAUUGAAACUUGGAACGGUGCUGAAGCUAAAUUACAAUCUGCUCUAGAAAAAUGGGGUGGUAAUUGGGAAAUUAAUGAAGGUGAUGGUGCCUUCUAUGGUCCAAAGAUCGAUAUUAUGAUUUCUGAUGCUUUAAAGAGAUGGUACCAAUGUGCUACCAUUCAAUUAGAUUUCCAAUUACCAAACAGAUUCGAAUUAGAAUUUAAGGCAAAGGACACUGAAGGUGCUACUGAAAAAUAUGAAAGACCAGUCAUGAUUCAUCGUGCUAUCUUGGGUUCUGUGGAAAGAAUGACAGCUAUCUUGACUGAACAUUUCGGUGGUAAAUGGCCAUUCUGGUUAUCUCCACGUCAAAUACUUGUUGUCCCAGUUGGUGUUAAAUACCAAGAAUAUGCUCAACAAGUCCGUGACGAAUUAUGGGAUGCUGGUUUCUAUGCAGAUGUCGAUUUGACUGGUAACACCUUACAAAAGAAGGUUAGAAAUGGUCAAAUGAUGAAAUAUAACUUCAUUUUCAUUGUUGGUGAGCAAGAAAUGAGUGAAAAGUCUGUCAAUAUUAGAAACAGAGAUGUCAUGGAACAACAAGGUAAGAAUGCUACCGUUGGUCUUGACACCGUCAUUGAACAAUUACAAAGAUUAAAGGAAGAAAAGAGAAAUGACAACGUUUUAUUAUAA